UAAAAAAUGGAUAUAAGUUUUGAUUUAUAUUACAAUGACGAAAAUACUGGAGAAAAAAUUGAUGUGCUACGUAUACGAAAAAGCCUUCGUGAUCACUCAAAUCCAUUGGAGCUUCCAAAUGCAAAGUAAGCCAUAGUUUUUUCACAAUUGAUUCAUAAGUUAUUUUCGAUUAAAUAAAGAAGCAUUUUGUUUUUUACUGAAUGAGAUGAAGGAACAUUUCCACAAACGUGUGCGAGGAACGGCCAUGCCUCCUAUAUUAAAAUUAUGCGCAACUUUGCGUUUCCUUGCUGACGGUGGUUAUCAAAAAUGCAGUGGAAAUGAUUUUAACAUUGGGUUGGCGCAACCUACGAUAUCUUUAGUAAUUAAAGAGGUUCUAAAUAUAAUUGAACAACGUAUUUGUGCCCAAUGGAUUAAAAUUCAAAUGACUGAGGAGGAGGAGGUUAGUUGCAUCGGCGGGACUCAUGUUCGCAUAAUUUCGCCAAGAAAAGAAGUGCAACAUCUUUAUCUUAACAGAAAGGGAUACUACAGUUUAAACGUGAUGAUUCUUUGUGAUUAUAAAAUGUCUAUUCGGUAUGUGGAUGCUAGGCAUGGCAAAUUAUGACUCUUUUGUUUUUAAUGCUAGCGAUUUGAAAGUGCAUUUACAGAACAACAUACAGAAUAACACUUGGAUCUUGGGCGACGCUGGCUAUCCUCUGCACAAAUUUUUAAUGACGCCUAAUGGCUUGGCGGAAGCUUCUUCACCCCAAGCACGCUACAACUCAAAGGCCUGGAAUAUUGUAGAGCGGACAAUUGGUGUACUCAAGAGUAGAUUUCGAUGGCUUUUAUCUGUACGAGGUGUACAUUACACUCCCGAAAAGGCUACGCAAAUUGUGAAUGCUUGUUGCGUAUUGCACAAUAUUUGCCAACACUUUCAAGUGGAAUCUCCGGAAGAAAUAUCAUCUACUUCACAUACUACAAUGACCAAUGAUAUUUUGGACAUAGAAAGAGAAGAAGAGGAUAUGGCUCGAAUAAUUCGCAAUAAUAUUAUGACUUCCCUCUAAAUAAUUAAAAUAUUAAAUUUCAUUUAUUCUUUCUAAUGUGCUAUU